AUGAACGCUAAAGGUAUUGGCUUGAAGACUUCCACUGCUAAGAUCAUCCUCUAUCGACACCAGAGCAUUCGCCGGACGCUGAAGGAGGAGCUGAAGAAGGUUGAGAAUGAACGGCGACGCAGGGAAAGUGCCCAUGCCCACAAGAUAGUGUUGUUCCUGGCUGGCACUGCCCAGCGCAGAGAAGCACGCUCCAGGCGUCUAACAAGACUGUUUACGAUGUUUAAGGUGAAGCCUGUGGAGAACGAGGUGGGUGUGGAUGCCUUGCGUCCUCCCAAGCAACAGCAGCAGCAGCAACAGGAGUUAACAGCACACGCGAACAGCAGCACAGAAUCUGAGAUUUCUGUGGGGUCGUAUCAGAGUAGUGGUUUGUCACAGACAGCAGAGAGAGCAGCAUUGUGGAUAUCAAACACACCCAUGCGUCAGAGGGCCCUUUCAGUGGACGUGCCCACGGACGUGCCCCCUGACACCCCCAGACGUAGAUCAGCCCCAGAGGUGGUUGUGACCCAUGUACCCCUAGUUGGAGAUGCUGAGGGUAGAGAGAGCUGCCCAGUGAAGGGGACACACACCCCAGAGACACAAGGUGACUCACCUACCACCCCCACCUCUCCACCCACACCUAAAAAUGACAUUUCUUCCUCACCUGGACGUCUGAGCCCACCUACACUGAUGUCAGUGCCAGGAAGCAGCAUUUCGCCACCUAGGACACCAAGACGUCUCUCCGGAAGCAGUAUUUCACCCCCCAGGACCCCAAGACGUCUCUCUAGCAGCAACCGGCCAGCCUCCCACAUCUCCCGCAUCUCCAAAUCAUCACAGAUGCUACGAAAGAGUGUCUCUCCAGCACAGGUCCAGAAUAAGCGAGGGUCCCUCACCCUUACUGAGAUCAGUGCGCCCCUUGAGGAUGCCAGGUCUGUGUUUCUUACACAUUUUUCAUUUCGAUCAUGUUUUUUCAUGCUUUCGUCUCCAUUGGUUAUCUUCCAGUCUCACUUUUAUGCUUAG